AUGGCGUUCAUUACUUUUAAGGCACGAGCGCUUACAUCAGAAGCGUGCAUCGAAGAUCUGAUGAUGCAAGCAGGGAAGAUCAAGUGCGACGCCAUCGGUCUGACCAAGGCAACGCCCGUUGCACGCCUUUUUGAAAAUGGAGAACUGUUCCUUGCAACAUGCGACAACAGAGGCGCCGAUGUUCUCGAAAAAAAUACGUAUUCACUUGGCCAUGAACAUGGCUCGUACGGAAGUUUGACUCGCCGAAUCGGACGUCUGCGAUCAAUAUGUGGUUCAACCACAGCUCUAACGAUCUUCGCUGCCUACGCACCAACAUCAAGCUACGAAGAAGAGUUGGAAGCGGAUCUGGAAAGACUCUACAGAGAGGAUCAUACUUUCUUCAAGGUCGUCGAUCCCAACGCCAAGAUUGGCUACAGACGAACGGCUGAAGGAGCUCCACUUCGAAACUCACGGAAUGGAAUAGAAUAA